AUGCCAAUACAAUUACAAGAUGAUAUAGAAUCAAAUAGACAACAACUAACCAGACCUAAUCAAAGAUUUGGAAAGGAAAAAGAUUUUUUGGUUAGAUUGGUUAAUAGUGUACGAUGUCAUGAUGUACCUUUAUUAAAUUUCAUAAUCAUUUUAAUAUUAUCAAUAUUCUUAUAUAAAUUAACAAUUAAAUAUUCCAACUUAUACAUGAAAUCUUCAUUAAUAACUAUAAUAAUUACAAACUUGGUGUUAUAUGGUAUAUCGGAAACAAUGGCACAAUCCAUCUUAUGCUUUGAUUUGUCUCAACCAAUGCUAAAUUUCAAAUUAAAUGAUCCCAUGUCAAAUAUUCAAUUAGAUGCUGAUGAAGAACAAGAAGAAGUUUUGGAUGAUAAUGCAUCGGAUAUAAGUGAAGAAGGACUAAAUCGAUUUAUAAAUUAUUUACGUGAUGAUAAUGAAGUUUUAAUUGGAGAAUCGGAAACUCCUAUGCCUGUAGUUCCAUUAACAUUUUUCCAAUUUAAUAGAUUGGCAGGUUUUAUGUGUUGGGGUUUUAUAAUGGGUAUUGUUCAAUGUUUUUGGUAUCAAUUUUUACAAAUUUAUUCAAAAGAUCCUAAAUUUAUUGAAGUUUUAAGAAAAGUCCUAACUGAUCAAUUAUGUUUUUCUCCAAUUUCAUUAAUUUGUUUCUUUACUUAUGGUACAAUAAUAUUAGAAAAUGGAGAUUGGGAAGCUGCAAAGAAUAAAUUAUCAAAAGUUUAUUUAAAGACACUAAUCAUUAAUUAUUCAGUUUGGUUUCCUAUACAAUUUAUAAAUUUUUUAUUAAUUCCAAGACAUUUUCAAGUUCCUUUUAGUUCAAGUAUUUCAGUAUUAUGGAAUUGCUUUUUAUCAAUGAGAAAUUCAACCAAUUAG